CUAGUAGUAGACCUGUUGUCGUCAGCGCGAGCGCACCAUUCCAGAUUCGAAUGGCCUAAUCCCACACUCCUCAGCUUCUCACGGCUAAUCCACACAAGACAACUCUUACUGUUAAACGAGCUAUGACUACAGAAGAUAACGGCAACAUUGGACUAUUAAAUCCAACAUCAAGUAGCAAUGAAGAUCUUAGCGAAUACACGGAUGCCGACGAAAGUAUUUCGGCUCCAACCGAAUUUCUUGCAGAGUUCCUAUCGGCCGUCAUGUUAAAGGAUUAUGAAACUGCUCUCAAAUAUUGCAAACUUAUUCUUCAAUAUGAACCUAAUAAUGUUACAGCCAAAGAAUUUUAUCCAUUAAUUUUGGAAAAAUUGCAAUCUUUGAAAAAUGAUGAAGAUAACAGCAAUGAAAGUGAAGAUGACGAUAACGAAGAAAAUACAAGCAGUUCAAGCAAUUCAAGUGAAUCUACGUCCGAAGAUAGCAGCGAAGAUCAGGAAGAAGAAUAUGUUAUGGAAAAUGGUCCAGGUGAUAAAAGGUCGAAGGGGUCAUCUGAAGGAGAUGGUACAACAGGAAGUUAUUCGAGCCUCGAAGAUGACGAAGCUGAAGUUGACCAAUUAACCGCAUUGGCAGCUAAAUAUCAUUUAGAUAACAUUAAUCUUGGAAAUGGAAAUAAAUUGUAUGGUACAAGCUUGAAGGUGAAGAUGAAUUCCUUUGAACCAAAACUGGCAGGAAUUUCAACAAACGUCGUAGAAAAUCCACUUCCGUUCGGAACGAGUUCCGAUUCAGAGUCGCCAACUGAACCAGUGAGCCAACAAACGAUAGCGUUACUGAGGGCGAAGGUUGUGCCAAAUUAAAAUUAGUUCGUUUACAUUUUUUUUGUCUCCCAUAGAUUGUCGUGAAUACAUUAAAUAAAUUUUCCUUUGUAGAAAAAAAAAUACAAAACAAAUAACCGGUAAUGAAAACAAAAACUGCUUUUAAAAUCAAAAAGAAUAAUACCUAUAUUUAAUAUUUUAUAAUCAAUGUUUAUUUAAACUCAAUAUGGACUGCGAUUGCAAUAAUAAAGUCACAAUCAAUGCAAAAAUUUAUUUUUAAAUCUCAAAAAAGAAUUUUUGCGUUGAUGUGAAUCUCGAAUUAACAAUGUACUAGUGCAGAUCAAAAAUAUUAUGACCAUAGGUGUUACUUCUUUGAAACAAAAAAAAUAAUAAAAUAAUAAAUAAGAGAGUGAAUAUUUUAUAAUGAAGGAGAUUAAUAGAACAAAAUAUAUGUAGCGUAGAAAUUAGAUGUAGAUUUUAAAGAAGGGAUUAUAAUAAAAAAAGGAUAAUGAUGUUAAAAAGGGAAAAUUGACGAAAGAAGAAACGGAACAGAGAUUGUCAGUGUAAAACUAUAUAUAUUUUUGUAUUUUUUUAAAUAGUUAGUCAACCGAUAGUUUUUAAACCUAACAAAAAGAAAAAGACCAAAAAUAUGAUGAUUGUAGAUGAGACCCCGUCUAAAAUUAUACAAAAAAAAACUAUAAAAACGAGUGAUUUGUAUAGCAAAAUGUAUUAACUUGUUUUCGAAUUUAUUUGUAGAACUAAUCGUAAUUGUAACACUAAUCGUCACAAAAGAGAAUUGGUUCUAGACAACUACGAAGACUGAGUGAAUUUUUUCUAAAUGGGUAGUUGUAGAAUUUUUAAAAAAGAUAACAGCUGACAUAUCUCGUGACAACAAAAAAAAAAAUAAAAAAAAUAAAUUGGCUGACGAAAGAGUAUGCAAACGAAAAGUAAUUUAAAUAAAAAUCGUAUUCUUAGCGAAAAAUUAUUAAGAAAAAUAAUAAAAAAUUCCUUUAUCGUUGUAUAAAAACGUUUCGACAAAAAAGUAAAUUGGCCAUACUCGUCUAGAGCAUACUCUUAUAGCGUGUCAUUUAAAUGUUAUAGAUUAUAUUUUACUAUUUAUAAAGAAAAUAACGUGUUAGGGACUUUAAAUGAAGACUUAGAAAAACUGAAACUAAAAAUGAAGGAAUUUAAUGAGGUUGUUUUCUCUUCUCUACUUUUAAAACAGUUUCCCGUCUUCCCUUCUAAUCCUAUUUAAUCAUUUUCCUAUAUACCAACAUCUUUUUCUUCGAUAUAAAUAAACCUAAAUAUAAAAUAAAAUCAAAGUUUUUUAGAGUUUUUAUAAAAUUUUAAACAAUUUUUUUCUUUGUUCAUUCCGUUCUAAGCAAUGGUGUGGCCUUCGUAUUAAUGUGUCAUUAUUAAACAAACAUUGUAAAAUGUAGUGUAUAGUAAUAAAAAGCAUAUCAAGAAAUGUAUUAAC